AUGGCAGAAAAACAUUUUAGGUAUUAUAGUUCAAAAGUAUAUCGACAACAGCAAAGGCGUGCUGAAAAAAAUAAAGUUUUACCACAAGAUUCAAGUAGUAGCUCUGAUUCUGAUGAUAACAUUGAUGAUAAUGAACCAAUAACUGAUCCAACUGAAUUAAAUGUUACGAAUUAUGUGCCUGAUGAUGAUGAAAAUACAUUAUUACACACCAUUAAACACAUUUAUUAUGAUAAUUCACCACUGUUAUAUAAAAAUAGUUCAACAAGUGUUAUGACAGCUGUUAGAUUAUUAACAGAAUUUUGUGUGAAUAUUAAUAUGGACAAAUCAAAUAUGAUUAAAUUAAUGAAAAUUGUCAAAUCGUUGUUACCAACACCUAAUUUGUUACCAACAACACAAAAGAAAAUAUUAGGCACAUUCGGAAAAACAUGUUUAUCAACAACAAAAUAUUUAUGCGUAAAUUGUCAUCAAUUAACUUCAAAAACAAGAUAUGGUUCAAGAAAAUGUGAAAAAAAAAAUACAAUUACAAUUGUUAUGCAUGCCGAUGGUGCACCGUUAGUAAGAAGUACAAAACAAUGUUUGUGGACUUGUUUUGGAUCAAUUGUAGAACUUCCUCCACCAGUUAGAGAAUACCAAUCCGCCAUUAUUGUUAUGGCAUUGUGGGUAGCACGAGAAAAACCAGAUGUAAAUAUAUUUUUGACGGAAAUUAUUCAAGAAAUGAUUGAUCUUAUUAACAAUGGAACAUCUAUUUUCGUUAAUAAUUAUGAAUUCAAAAUCAUCAUUCGUACACAAUUCUUUAUAUCUGAUCUUCCAGCAAAAUCAUUAUUUUUUAAAACCAUCAAUUUUAACGGUUAUUUUGCCUGUACAUGUUGUAUGACACGAGGUUAUCACAAUCCUGAAUAUGGUCAAGUUUUAUAUCCAUACAGAAUGAAUAAUUAUACACGAAGAACACAUGAUCAGUUUAUCGAAACAGCUGAACAAACAGCAACAGCAAAUGCAUUUGGACGUCGUGAAUUAAUUAUUGAAGGUGUCAGAGGCUUAUCAGUAUUAUUAAAAAUAUUUUCAUACCCCGAUCAAAUUGUUUAUGAUUAUAUGCAUUUGGUAUGUCUUGGGCAUAUGUCAAAUUUAAUUAGAAGAUGGUUUAAAUUAUUUUCAAAAGAUGAUAUAAUUCAUAUUGAUCAUAUAUUAUCUAAUAUUAGAUUACCACACAAUUUUAGUGUAUUUUUUAAUUAUUCAAUUGCUUCUGUUAAUGACUGGAAAGCGAAACAUUUACGCCUAUUUGUUUUAUAUAUUGGAUUACCAAUUGUUAUAAAAUAUUUACCAUCAUUAAUUUCUUCUCAUUUUCCAAUUUAUUCUAUGUGUAUUAAAUUAUUACAUUCGCCAAAUGCAAAAACUGAAAUUGAUUUGGCCAAUGAUUUAAUACAUUAUUAUUGUCAAACAGCACCAAUAGUUUAUGAUCCAAGUAUUGAAUUAUAUUCUUUACAUGGUCAUCUUCAUUUACCUGCACAAGUUCAUGAACAUGGUGGUUUAGCUUAUGUAUCAUCAUUUUGUUUUGAAUCAUGUAUACGUCAUAUUAAAAAAAAAGUGCAUGGUACUAAACAACUAGGAACACAAAUUUCGUACUGGUGUGACGUUGAAACUAUUAUUCAACGUGAACAGUUUCAGAUACCUCAAGAAAUGUUAUCGAAAUUGGAUGAAUUAUUCCCAUUGAAAGUACAAACAAAUACAUUUGAUGUCAUACAAGUGGAAAAAAUUAAAUGUAAAUGUAUAGGUGUGCCUUUUUAUGAUGCUUUGUGUAUUACAGAAAUUCGUGCUUAUUGUGAACAUGAUUGA